AUGACCAGCAACAGGAGACGGAGAAAUGUUGGAAACUGCAAGGUGUGCGAUGCCAAGAAAACUCAGUUUGUUGCUACAACCGGAAUUAGUGUAGACCAGAGAGGUUUGAAACAUAACAACGGCAAGAAAAUUAAAUCAAACAACAGUUAUGCACAUAGCUUAAAUAUUAAGAGUCUGUCAAAUGAAGCUUUUCCUACAACAAAUGAUAACUCGUUGUUGUCAGAAUCUGAUAUAAAGGUUAUUCGUCAACCUAACAAUAUUGAGAUCAGUUUACUAAGUGCUUGUCGAGAAGGAGAUUUAUCAAAAAUUAACAGUCUUAUUGAGAGAGGUGGUGAUAUUAACAUUACCGACAAGAAUGGAGACACGCCGAUUAGCUGGGCCUGUUUCAGUGGUAAUAUUGAUAUAGUAAACUUACUGAUAGAUAAAGGUUGUGAUAUAGAUAAACCUAACAAUGAUGGAAUGACAUCUCUAAUGCAAGCUUGUAUUGAUGGACAUAUACCGAUAGUUGCUCGUCUUAUUGAGAAAGGUGCUGACAUUAACACUACCGACAAGGAUGGAGACACGUCAUUGUCAUGGUCCUGUGAUAAUGGUAACAUUGAUAUAGUAGACUUUCUGAUAGAUAAAGGUUGUGAUAUAAAUAAACCUAACAAAGAUGGAAUGGCACCUCUAAUGAAUGCUUGUCUUUGUGGACGUCUACCGAUAGUAGUCCGUCUUAUUGAGAGAGGUGCUGACAUAAACACUACCGACAAGGAUGGAAACACUCCAUUGUUAUUGUCAUUUGAUAAUGAUAACAUUGAUAUAGUUAACUUACUGAUAGAUAAAGGUUGUGAUAUAAAUAAACCUAACAAUGCUGGAAUGACACCUCUAAUGAAAGCUUGUGUUAAUGGACGUCUACCGAUAGUAACCCGUCUUAUUGAGAUAGGUUCUGACAUUAACACUACCGACAAGAAUGGAAACACUCCAUUGUCAUUGUCCUGUGAUAAUGAUUACAUUGAUAUAGUAAACUUACUGAUAGAUAAAGGUUGUGAUAUAAAUAAACCUGGCUAUGCUGGAAUGACACCUUUAAUGGAAGCUUGUCGUCGAGGACAUCUACCGAUAGUAGUCCGUCUUAUUGAGAGAGGAGCUGACAUUAACGCUACCGACAAGUAUGGAAACACUCCAUUGUCAUUGUCCUGUUAUAAUGAUAACAUUGAUAUAGUAAACUUACUGAUAGAUAAAGGUUUUGAUAUAAAUAAACCGAACAAUGCUGGAAAUACACCUCUAAUGGAAGCUUGUCGUGGAGGACAUCCACCGAUAGAAGCUCGUCUUAUUGAGAAAGGUGCUGACAUUAACGCUACCGACAAGGAUGGAGACACACCAUUGUCAUGGGCCUGUACAUAUGGUGUCAUUGAAAUAGCAAACUUACUGAUAGAUAAAGGUUGUGAUAUAAAUAAACCUAACAAUGAUGGAAUGACACCUCUAAUGAAUGCUUGUUUUUAUGGACAUCUACCGAUAGUAGUCCGUCUUAUUGAGAUAGGUGCUGACAUUAACACUACCAACAAGGAUGGAAACACUCCAUUGUUAUUGUCCUGUGAUACUGAUAACAUUGAUAUCGUAAACUUACUGAUAGAUAAUGGUUGUGAUAUAAAUAAACCUAACAAUAAUGGAAGGACUCCUCAAAUGAAAGCUUGUCUUAAUGGAAAUCUACCAAUAGUAGUCCGUCUUGUUGAGAGAGGUGCUGACAUUAACAUUACCGACAAAAAAGGAGACACACCAUUGUCAUUGUCCUGUUAUAAUGGUAACAUUGAUAUAGUAAACUUACUGAUAGAUAAAGGUUGUGAUAUAAAUAAACCUAACAAUGAUGGAAAGACACCUUUAAUGUAUGCUUGUGAUAAAGGACAUCUACCGAUAGUUGCUCGUCUUAUUGAGAUAGGUGCUGACAUUAACACUACCGACAAGAAUGGAGACACGCCAUUGUCAUUGUCCUGUUAUAAUGGUUAUAUUGAUAUAGUAAACUUACUGAUAGAUAAUGAUUGUGAUAUAAAUAAAACUAACAUUGAUGGAAUGACACCUCUAAUGAAUGCUUGUCGUCGAGAACAUCUGCCGAUAGUAGCUCGUCUUAUUGAGAGAGGUGUUGACAUUAACACUACCGACAAGACAGGAAACACUCCAUUGUCAUUGUCCUGUAUGAAUGGUUACAUUGGUAUAGUAAACUUACUGAUAGAUAAUGGUUGUGAUAUAAAUAAACCUAGCUAUGCUGGAAUGACACCUUUAAUGGAAGCUUGUAGUGGAGGACAUCUACCGAUAGUAGUCCGUCUUAUUGAGAGAGGAGCUGACAUUAACGCUACCGACAAGUAUGGACAAACCGCACUUUCAUUGGCCUCGACAGGUGGUAACAACGAUAUAGUUAACUUACUUUUGGAUAAAGUUUCUGAUGAACUCAAAUCUAACGUUGAUAAAAAACCACAACUUACGAAGGGUACUGAAAACGAAGAUAUGGUUAUUGAGAAAGGCCUUGACAUACACACGCAAGAACUAAAUGUAGCAGACAAUCCUGAGUAUUUACUUCCUUUUGCUGGUAGUUCUGAGGAUUUUAACAAACUGCUAUCUACUGGAACAUAUGAAUCAUUUGAAAAUAGAGUUUUCCUUUGUGGAAGUUGCGCAUGUGGAAAGUCAACCCUAGCAAGUGUUCUUAUUGGUAGUACAAUACCACUUACUUGGAAAUCAACAGAUGGAUUAGUCAUACACUUUGGACGUAAUGGUAUUAACUUGGAAACUCAUGAGAUGGUUCCUUUAACAGGAGGUGUAAUAGAUCAACAUGUGUUGACAAAGGUGGUAAUCGGUAAGCCGAAUCGUGAGACAGUCAUACGUCAAAGUGUUGAUACCAACCAGGACAAGCACAUUAGGCCAUCAUCUACUGACUUGACUAAGUCAAUUCAACAGAAGUUAAAGAAAGACACAGAUUGCAGUUUCACAGUUCCUCAUUCAUCCGAUGUUUUUGUCGAGAAAUCUAAAGAUUUACCGGUUAAAAGUACUUUGACAUCCGACGAUGCAAAAGAUGUAUCAGUUAGUCUGCCUGAGAUACACAAAAUUGAAGCCUACGCUGUACGGGAAGACAUUUUGAAAGAAAUUAAGAGUGGUAAAUACAAAAUCAAGAUUGCUCCUUCUGAUUUAGUCGACUUUGGUGGUCAACGAUCGUAUGAUAUGACUCAUCAGCUAUUUGUUCAGCACGGAGGGACAUUUGUCGUGAUGUUUGAUGGUAGUAGGGAUUUUCAAGAACCACUGAAGGAAUAUCCUACGGGAGAUAUUUCUAAUAAAAGUAUGUAUAACAUUUAA